UCAACAUGUCCGGCGGAGCGACACGUUUCGACAAGAAAAAGAAGGAGCAACCAAAGAAAGAGGAAACGGUCUUCCUCCAGUGGGAAGCGGCGCAACUCCAACAAAUCCAAGAGCUGCUGAAGAAAACCAGGGAGGAACUAGAGCUUGAGAUAAAGGAGAUUCUGGGCUUCAGGAACCAUCAGAUCUGUAUGAAGGAAUCUGCCCUGUUGGAUUACUAUGUCUGUGGUUUCUGGUGGGCAAAAGAGGCCAACUUCACCCCCAAACAGAUCUCCUUCUCCAUGGCUGUACUACAUAUGCUGCUGGAUAACAUAAGAGAGAAACAGAUGGUUUUAGUGGAUAACUUAGUGGAGUUUGCGGAGGCCUUAGGUGCUGCCAGCCAGGGCUCAACUUCAGAAGAAGACACAACCCCACUUCUAGACAGAGAAGAAGCCAAAGAGCUCAUCAGUUACAUUCGAAACAGUCUGUUUCAGAAAUACAGACUCUAUGAGCUUCUCUUCACCACAUCCAGAGAGAAGCUACUGAUGGGCAUGGAGAGGACCAUUGAGGUGUUCGGCUGUCAGGAUGCUCUCACACCAUUGGAGGAAGGAAUUCCCACUCACCUCUACUUCCAGUGAAUGUCUCCACCUCUUAUUCAGAGGAAUGAACAGGUGUAGAUGGACAGAUGGACAGCUUCAGUGUGAGCUGUGAGUCUUAGGGUGUUAUCUGUGCACUGAAUCAGCUAUUUUUGUUAUCAUUAUAUUUGUCCAAACAAAUGUACCUUUAGUUGUACCAGGCAUUAAAAUGAACAAGAAAUUAAAGAAAGCAAGGGUGG